AUGUUCGGUGCUUUUCUCUACGCGCUCAUUUCAUUGCAACCGAUUUUUCAUCGCUCGCCUGCGGCGGCUCUUCCUCCAGAUCACGAGGAUGCACCGUGGUUCGUGGGAUGCGUCAACGCCAGCAGCGCCAGCAGCAGCAGCAGCAGCCUUUAUGCAACCAACGGUGCCCGUGACCUUGACCCGGUAACCUGCUCUGUUCGCUGCCUUGAUGAAGGGUACCAGGUUGCAGCGUUGACCUCAGAGGCUUGUUACUGUGGCGACCAGCAACAUGGUUUGGUGGCCAGUGAGUGUUUCAACACAUCUUCCAAAGGAGGGACAAAGGAUGUCAGAGGAGAAAAACAAAGUGUCCUUUACUUGCCUGUUGGAGGGGAACAGGGAAGUGUGGCACUCUACAGAACUGAAGGACCAUUUCUGCACAGCGUUCGUCUGUCUACGUCUCCAGACAGAGUGCAGGCUGGGAAGACUUUUGUCAUGGAAGUUUCUGGAAACCUGGCUGGACGCCCCAACCAGCCCUCAGGGAUUGUGGGUCUGGGAGAUCAGGACCUCUCUUACGUCACUGUUGAGUUUCAGGAAACGACCCAUGAAGGUCAUCAUGUCAACGUGUCGGAUGACGGCUCCUUUUUUGUGUCAUCUGAUUGGAUUUUGGAAACUCCAGGAAAAUAUGAACUCGACGUCAGUGUCUCCAACCCCCUCUCAACAGUCUCCUCCACCCUGCACCUCUCCGUCUUGCAGCCCUCUGCAGAUGGCUUGGUGGUCUCUGUGAUUCAUGGCCCCCUGGGUGUCCCCUCCUGCAUCCCUUUCCCACAGGAAGACUCCCACAGUGAGACUGUGGAGGCAGCAUACCUGGGCGACCCUGUCACACUGCAGGCACACAUGGGCGAUGGUCUGGCGGUGGAGUUUUUUUGGUGGAUUACUCACAAGAGAAAAGAGAAAAACAUGGAGGGUGUCAAGACAGUUUGCCUUCCCAACUCCGACUGUUUGAUCAGCACUGCGAACUGGACCUUUGAAGCAGAGGGAGUUCACAUGGUGUCAGUGAACGCCUCUAGUGCCUACGGAUGGACACAGGAGACAAUACACAUUGUGGUCGUGCCUCUCGUCGCCUCUGACCUCAGAGUUAGUGUAUCGGGGGUUCAGUUGACAUCCGGAGAGGAGGUUUCUGUGGACGUGGAGAUGUUCACCACCAUGAAGCACCUACUUGUCCUCAACCUCACACUGAACGCUGAGCAUGGCGGCAUUGACGCGAAGGACAAUGACAAUAAAAACAUCUGUGACAGCAUCAAAAUUACUCUCCAAGACAACUGUAAUAAUCACGACUGCAACAACAGUGACAAUGGCAACAAUCAAAACCACAAUAUCAUCUAUUGUCAUGGUGGCACCCUCAACUCAGACACCCAACACUUGGUGCCUCUCCGUCUCCUCCACGCCUCCAAUCGCUCCAGCUGCCAUUUGCACCUCCGCCUUCACUGCCGCCUCCCCACCACUGCAGGACGUUAUCGGCUCAAAGCGUCUCUUCUCUCCACUUCUGACCCAACAUCAGUGCUGCUCCCUGCCGUCCUGCCUCAAGCCCUGAUGGUGUACGAGAAUAUAUGUGCCCCGAGGUCUUCUGGGAGUUGGAAAAACAGCAGCUACACUACAGGAGAGGAGGCAAUGGUGGUUUUGCAUUUCGACCAUACCGGGAUAGUUGUGGUCGAGCUUCAAGCUGAGAAUCAAGUGUCUUCUCAGAACAAAAGCGUGAGAGUGUGUGUUAAGGGGAACAGGAAGCAGUCGCCACAAGUUAGGGUUAAUUCAACGUGGCAACCACCUACCAGUCAGAGUCCUGUUCACAACCUGGCUGACAAUGUGCGGAUUUCUGCAGCAAAGCAAGCUUAUCCCACAAAUACAGAUAUAACUUUCCUGGCCAUGGCUGGAGUAGCAGACCCGGUGGAGCUCCUCUGGCACUUUGGAGACUCGAGAUCAGAGAGAACCACCUCAAGAACCAUCUCCAAAAGAUACCACAAACCUGGCAGGUAUGCUGUAGUUGUAGUCAUGUCAAGUGGCCGGACCUCCCUUACCUCCGAUGUGUUCCCGCUGGUAGUCCAGAGAGCAGUGAAGCUCAACAGGCUGGUCCACCAGGCUUCUGUCCUGCAGAACCAAGCAGUGACGGUGAGCUGCCGGGUCAAUGUGGGGACUGACGUCACCUUCCUCUGGAGCUUUGGAGACGGAUCAUCCAGGCUGGGACAGAGCACAGAGCGGCACGUCUUCCACAGGACAGGAGAGUUCAGAGUGGAAGUAACUGUGUCUAACCUGGUCAGUUCUGCCACUCUAUGCGGUCACAUCUUUGUUGUGGACCGGCAUUGUCAGCCUCCACCAGUGAAAAACAUGGGGCCUCUAAAACUACAGGUGCGAAGAUAUGAGGUCAUCCAUCUGGGAGUGACCUAUGAGACGGAAGUUGACUGUGACAUUUCAGGAGGCCUUCACUACACCUGGACCUUGUUUGACUCUGCAGGACGGGUCUUCCCUUUGCCUCUUGUAGACACACAUAGACAGAACCUCAUACUGCUCAGCCAUCUCCUGCACUAUGACACUUAUACUGCCAUAGCUAAGGUUCAGGUCGCUGGCAGUGUGGUGUACAGCAACUACAGUGUUAAAGUGCAGGUGAUACCGAGCCCUCCUGUUGCCUUCAUCCAGGGCGGCACCAACAUCUUCAUUAACAACCGGAACGACACCGUGGUCACCCUGGACGGGCAGAGAUCUUACGACCCAGACUUCCCCAUGAACCCAGUCAGCUUCAGCUGGACAUGUAAACCAGUCAGCUCCAUUACCAGCUCCUGUUUCCUCCACGACGUUCCCACUUCAUCCCCUGUGCUUGUAUUUCCUGCUAGUUUCCUAAAACACAACUUUGACCAGUUCCAGUUCUCGAUCACCGUCCACAGCGGCGAGCGUUCAGCUUCAUCAGAGACCUUCCUCACAUUAUCACCAAAUGUGAUCGGGAAGGUGUCAGUUACCUGCCCUCAGUGCCGGGGAGACCAGGUGAACUGGCAUCAGUCUUUCUCUGUCAGCGCCUCGUGUGAAAGCUGUGAUAUUUCUCCAAAAGACAUCCAGUACACCUGGAGCCUGUACCUGGUCAAUGCAUCAUCCAAGCCUGUCAUAGAAGUCCCAUUUUGUUACACGGUGGAUCUCAGUGCUCCGUCUACCAUCAUGGAGGGUGCUGCCACUUCCCCACAGACUCCUGGGACUUCCACCCAGCAUGCACCUGCUUCACAGUACACCCAUACCUCCGAUCCUGUCGUUCUGAUCCAGAAUGCCUCUGAAACUAUGGCUGAUUUGACAGAACCCGAGCCCUCGCCUAUCUCUUCUCUAGUAGACAAAAGAGCAGAAGGAUCAGGAGAGGAGCCCUUUUAUCACCCCCUGGGGGAGUUUGACCCUCUAAAGCCUUUGUACUCCUCCACUGAAUACCCGCCACUUGCCUUUGACAACAGUGGCGUCCUAUAUUCAGACCACUUUCGCCAGGGUGAAUUCCCAAUUGAAUAUGACUCCUUUGCUGACUGGGAGUUUUCUUUCCCUGUCCUGGAGGCCGGUGACUUGGGAGGUCAACAAGAUUCAGAUUAUGAUGUUCCCUUGAUGAGCGCAGAGGAAGGAGACCCAGGGGUUUCAGCAGGAAGACCCACAGGUGUGGAUGGUGAGAGCUUCAGUCCAGGAGAGGAUUCAUUUCAUGAUCCAGCAUUUCAUGAAGAUGAGGGGAAUAAUCUGAUAGAUUCCAGACCAUCUGUUGUGAUCCAGGAGCCAGUGUUGCUCGAUUUACCCAGACACCCGGUAGACAGAGGCCUUUUUGAGUCCUACACUUACACGGGCAUUUCCUCCCCGUUGCUCAGCUUCAGACCACUCAGUCUGAUUCCUGGGAGUAGAUACAUGUUGGAGAUAACUGCCAAAUCUCAUAAUAGUUUUUUGGGCCGGACUCAGCUAUUCUUAAAAACCAACCCUGCUCCAAAGGGUGUGAUGUGCCAGGUGCAACCAGUCAGAGGGAGGGAGUUAUAUACACACUUCAGCAUCUUCUGCACCUCAGGGAAAGAGGACUUACUGUACGAGUACAGUAUCAGUGUAGGAGACGGACCUCCCAGGACAGUGUACAAGGGGAGAGACUUCCAGUACUACUUCAGCCUUCCUUCUGGUGACCCCAAUGAUGACCGUAAAGUAACAAUUUACACAGAGAUCAAAAGCAGCAUGAAUGGGGCGCCCUCUAAACCUUGUCCUGUCACCGUCCGAGUCCAACCGAGCUUCUUCAGAGACGCCUCUUCUUCUUCCCAUAUUGAUCCUGACCUGGAGCUUUCAGAGUCGGGUCUGAGGAACCUCUCAGCUCUGGUGCGACUUGGAAACAGUGUGGAGAUUCGUAACUACGUCAGUCUUCUCUCCAGCAUUCUCAACCGACUCAGCCGAGACACUAAGGCCAACACACACGCUCAGAGACGCACACGGAAUGUGCUCAUUGGCACGGUGUGUGAGCUUGAGAGCAGCGGACAGGCAUCAAUGGUGGAUAACAUCUGCAUUCUGAAAAACCUUUUAGAAGUUACAAGUCAGGUGACAUUAGCGAGUGCAAGACGAGUGACCAUCCACGUCCAGGUCAUCUCAGAACAGUUUUCCAGUGCUCCAGUCUGGUGCUCUCAAAAGACACUCAACACCCUGGUGGCUCUGCUGUCAUACAGCCUGCAAGCUGUUCUCACUAGUAAUGACUUCACACCUGAAAUGUCCACCAGUGCUGACAUUACACAGGCAUUAGAGUCCGACCCCCAUGAUGAAAUACAGGACUCACCCAGUGGUAUUUACAUGGAACAAGGAUUACUGAUUUCAACAAAGCAGGCGCUGCAGCUCACAGCUGAUAUUCUCCAGACUGCUUCAGACCUGACGCUGAAGUACAUCUUGUCCCAUGAGGCCCAUGAGCACAGAGUCAGCACUGGUCUUAUCGCCUUAUAUGCCACAUACCUAAACCAAACCUCCCCAGUCCUCAGCAGCGGGUCAACCACCUUCUACAUGCCCGACUCCCUGAUCCAUCUUCUGUUUGUUCGUCGCAGUGGAGAGACUGAAAGCAGACUGCAUCGACCGUGUGUACUCAGCGUGCUGACCGAGCUCGCCCACAGCCCUUACACGUGGGCCCGCUAUCCUGAAUCGCUGAGUGGACCAGUGGUUGACCUCAGCCUUUACAAGUGCAGCACGAAGAGAAAGAUCCCAGUUCGCUCGCUCGUUCAGCCAAUAAACAUCGAGCUGCAACAACCACCAAGAAACAUAAGCUCUGUGCCCGAGUACGUCCUCCUAUGCAGCCAGGUCAACUACCACACCUUCAACAUUACCCAGGAGCACUUGCAGCAGGCCAUCCAGCUGAGCGUGGUGUUCACGCUGCCGCUCAACAAGGUGUUUCCCAUCAUGCUGCUCUUCAGGAUGUUUGAGAGGCCGACUCCCAGCAUGCACCAUCUGCACAGGAUUCACCACUGGGAGAGGAACACCACUCGGUUCACUCUGCCCCCAUCCUACCUCAGUGCUGCAGGGGUUGGUCACCUGGCCCUGCUGAAUGCUGAUUUUGAGAAAACACCCAGACACAAGCACCUCAGUGAUCAAGUCACCUACAGUCUCACAAUGGACCGCAGCCUGUGUUUGUCCUGGGACGGCCACCAGGGGGCCUGGACACAGUAUGGCUGCAGGACACAGCAAGCAGAAGCAGCUACUGCAGUCAACUGCAGUUGUCACCAGUUGAGGCCGCUGACUGUGGUGCGGCAGCAGAUCCAGAGCAGCCAUGACGCAACCGAUCUGGACCCGUUCCUAAGUGUGUCCAGUGAUCUGACUGUGCUGGGUGUGCUGGUGCUCUGCGUAUGCCUGUGCAUCCCGGGGUUGGUGGCGUGUAAGAGAGCUGACGCUGUCUCUGAAGCGAAUCAGAGAGUACACUACCUUUCUGACAACUCUCCAUGUGACCCGUAUCUCUAUGCGGUUACAAUCCACACUGGUCUCUGCUCUGCAGCCUGCAUGACUGCAAAGGUUUACAUAGUGCUGAAUGGUGAAGAUGGGCGCUCACAGACAAGAGAACUACAAGUCCCAGGAUGCACUCUGUUCAGGAGGAACUCACAAGACAUCUUUAUAUUAAGUGCAGCAGACAGCCUGGGCCCAGUGUGGGGGGUUCACAUCUGGCAUGACAACUCAGGACCCUCCCCCAACUGGUACCUCAAACAAGUGGAGGUAUCCGAGGUGAGCAGAGGGCAUGUGAAUGGCCGUGCUUGGCUCUUUGUGGGACAGUGCUGGUUGGCUGUGAACAAAGUGGAUGGCCGGGUGGAGAGAAUGCUGCGAGUUUGCACACAUGGAAUAGGCUUUGCUAAGAUGUUGUGUCUCAAGCUGUCUGACUACUUGGCCGACUACCACAUCUGGAUGUCUUUGUACAGCUGCCCCUACCCUAACUCGUUUACACACACUCAGAGACUUAGCGUGAGCCUGCUGCUACUGUUGGGAUACGCAUGUGUCAACACAGUAAUCAUAUCACAAAUGAAUGAUCGGUUGCCAUUCGAGGUGGGCAUUAUAGAUCUGUCAGCUGUUUCUUUGACGACGGGAGUAUUAAGUGUGGCGGCAGCGUUGCCCGCAGCAGCAAUUAUAUCUUUCCUGUUCCGACUGCGUGAGGUCCAGCUGAUGGGGUCGGUAGUCCAACACACGAAGGGGAGACGGACUGAAAAGGACCCUUUUGGAGAUGCCUUUUUGUUAAAUGACAGUGUAUUUGAGCCCCAUCUCUAUUGGAGCAGUCUUCAGCAGUGGGCGCAGGAAACCUGGAGGAAGAAAUACCAGGGCACAGACCUAUUGUCAGUGUCCACUACGAUUCUGGAAAAUAAAAACACAGGUAAUAAACCUGCAAUCCGAUCAGAUGUAGUCACAAGAAAGGAGGACUCUCUUGAAGUUAAGAACUACAAGGGACCAACGCUUCAAAAUGUGUUGCUGAUUGCUAAGCGGAACAAUGUUGAUCAAGCACCUGGGGGAAAAGAGUUAGAUCUUUUAAGUGAAAGCAGCAGGUUUCCUGGAACCCAGAGAGCUAUUUUGUCCGGUACGAGGGAUGUACGUCAUGCUAUUCAGAAGGAAGAAGACCAUCAAGGGAAGUUUUCAUCGGACUGCAGCUUUAAGGAAGACUGCUAUCACCGGGCAGCGUGGCCAGCACACAACAUCGACCGGCUAAAAGGGAGAGGAUUGAGACCGCUGUCUCAGUGGUCUCACUAUCUGGCCUGGACACUGUGUCUGCUGUUGUCCCUCUCCUGCCUUGUGCUUUCUGCAGUGCUGGGAUUGAGGUUCAGCAGCAGCAAGGUUCUGCUAUGGAUGCACUCUCUCUUCUUCUCCCUGAUGUUUUGCAUCUUCCUCAUCCAGCCAGCCGUGAUUAUUACGGUGGCAGUGACUGUUUCCUUUUGGCAUAGGAAAAGAUCAGACUUUCAUAGCUUCUUCAGUAUAAGAGAGAUUGAGAAAGACACUUCAAAACUGCGGAGCCACAAUGGUGCUAAGCAAAACGUAGAGCAGUUUGGCACAUCUGCCUUUCCACAGGAAAGAUGCUCAUACCUUGAAAAGCUGCUUGGAGCUCGUCAGCGAGCCCGGUACCUCCGUCUUGUGCGCCCACCAACUCCAGCAGAGCUGAGGAAAAGCUGUGGGAAGAAAAGAAGAGAGACACUCAUCCAUCACACUCUCAGGGAUUUAUCACUCUGUGGCUCCAUGCUUCUCCUGAUGCUGUGUAUAAGUUAUGGGGCCUCAUUCACUGACCAUUACCACCUCAAUAAAGCUGUCAGAAAACAGUUUGUAAGUGGCCACGAUGAUGCAUUUUUGUCUAUACAAAAGCAUGAGCACUGGUGGAAGUGGGCACAGAGCAGCCUCCUUAAUUUACUGUACAAGAAUGCAUCAUCCACAACUGAGUCACACAUCUUGAUUGGAGAGCCAAUCCUGUGGAAGACAGAGGUGUCCGACCCAUUUCAGGGCCAGGUCUUAGUACCUAUGCAAACACCUCCAAAGACAUGUGGUCACCUGGGCUGCUACUCGGGACCAAGUGCUACAGUUGGUUUAGGCCACACAAAGUCUGAUGCUGCGUCCAAACUGAAGCUCCUGCGUUCAGGUGGCUGGCUGUGCAGACAGACUGUGUCUGUCCAAUUCACCUUGUUUAGCCCCGCACCCAACUUGUUCACCAGUGUGACCAUGCUCUCUGAGCAGAUCCCCACAGGCGUUCUGCUGCCCUCUGCCAAAGUCCGGUCAGUUAGAGUGUAUCACACUCCUGCUGUGUGGGACUAUGUUGUCAUGGUGUGCCAGCUCCUCUUCCUUCUCUUGUCCCUUCUGCAACUCUGUAAUCAAGUGUACGCUAUAGGGCAGCAAGGCCCGAUGGGAUACUGGAGGACACCUUUAAACUGUCUGGAGGUCAGUUUGCUGACGGUAUCUUUAGUGUACUAUGUUUAUUACAUCUAUCACUCGAUCAUUGUCUUGGAGGUUGUGGAGCUGCUCCAGAGACACAACCACAGAGGACAUGUUGAUGUCAGCCUCCUGGCUACCUUGGAACAAUAUAUCCGUACUCUGCGUGGCAUUACGCUCCUUCUCCUCAACAUGAAGUGUGUGACUGUGUUGAGGGUGAACAGGACCUUGGCAUCCUCUGCUACACUCCUCACCCGGUCACUCUCCAGCCUUGUCUGGCCGACGAUUUCAGGUCUCAUUCUGAUGGUGGCGCUGGCCUGCGUUGGGAAUCUCCUGUUCGUACAAAGAUCCUGGGCCUUCAGCUCACUGCCCCGCUCCCUUCAGACCCUGCUCUGUCACUGCUGGGGUUUCAGGGCCGUUCGGGGCCUUCCCUUCUCUGGCCGGGAUUUCCUUUACCGUGGAGUUCUCUAUCUGUCCUCUGUGGUGUGGACAGCAGUGGUGAUAGGUGUGGUGUCCUCAUUGGUCAGAAGUGCUAAAAGAUCUCAAAGCUGGGCGAAUGUCUUCACCAUAGCAGAAUUAGCCGACUACAUCAGACGGAGGGUCUCUGAGCUCAUUGGGCAGCGUAGACGAGCAUGGAUUGAAAAUCAUGCGGAAGGGAAGACUUAUUUCUUCGAAGAGUUUGAAAGCUUAGUGGAUGAACUAUUGUUCAGACUCGAUGCCCUCUCAAACAGUCUGCACCCCACUCUGCCCCCCAAAGCCCAUCACUACAUCGAGGAGGACAGUCCUGUCAUCCUACAGGAGCCCUCCAACAUGGACGCACAGGACUUUUUAAGAAUGCGAAAAAGAGAAGUGGUGAUGAUGAAUGAUCACACAGAUGUCAGUGGCCACACAGAGACCUUACCAGUAUCUCACCUGCUCAGGUCCAAGCUUGAACCGGAGAUACUGGGCCAAAGGGGAGACCACUCCUCCUCAGACAGGGCUGUGGUAUGGGAUGCUUCACAACAGCCUGAAACAAUAGCCAAAGAAAACCCAAAAGGCAGAGAGCUCCGGACAUAUUUAAAGGCACAAAACUACCUCUCCCUCCCAGAGUCAACAUCACACAUCAGCGUUUGGACAGAAGAUGCUCUGGAGGAGCGAGUUAAUGAAUGGACUAAAACAAAUGACAAUUGCUGCUUAAGUAAAACACAGUCCACACAUACGGAGGUGCUGGUGGAAGUUCUAGUCCACCAGGAGCCUGGGACUGUAAAGUCAGAUAAACAGUAGGGUCCUUAUGGAGAUAACAAUUGUGGAUGGGACACAAGCAUUGGGCAAGCAUUUCAAUACUUAGUCCUUGUUGCAAAAACUGCAUAACUAGUUGUUCAUGACUUGAGUUGAGUUGAAUGGUUUACAAAACACAAACACACCUUUGUAAUGCAUAAAUAUUUGUAUGAGUACAUGUAUUUUAGUUAGAUUCUCUGCAUUGCCCAUCCUGAUUCCUUAAGAACCGAGAGCUGUUAUCAUUGAG